GAGUGAGGCAUGAGUGAGACAUGAGUGAAGCAUGAGUGAGGCAUGAGUGAGACAUGAGUGAGGCAUGAGUGAGACAUGAGUGAGACAUGAGUGAGGCAUGAGUGAGGCAUGAGUGAGGCGUGAGUGAGGCAUGAGUGAGACAUGAGUGAGGCAUGAGUGAGGAAUGAGUGAGGCAUGAGUGAGACAUGAGUGAGACAUGGUGAGACAUGGUGAGGCAUGAGUGAGGCAUGAGUGAGACAUGAGUGAGGCAUGAGUGAGGCAUGAGUGAGACAUGAGUGAGGCAUGAGUGAGACAUGAGUGAGGCAUGAGUGAGGCAUGAGUGAGGCAUGAGUGAGGCAUGAGUGAGGCAUGAGUGAGGCAUGAGUGAGGCAUGAGUGAGGCAUGAGUGAGGCAUGGUGAGACAUGGUGAGGCAUGAGUGAGGCAUGAGUGAGACAUGAGUGAAGCAUGAGUGAGACAUGAGUGAGACAUGAGUGAAGCAUGAGUGAGGCAUGAGUGAGGCAUGAGUGAGGCAUGAGUGAGGCAUGAGUGAGGCAUGAGUGAGGCAUGAGUGAGGCAUGAGUGAGGCAUGAGUGAGGCAUGAGUGAGACAUGAGUGAAGCAUGAGUGAGACAUGAGUGAGGCAUGAGUGAGACAUGAGUGAGACAUGAGUGAGGAAUGAGUGAGGCAUGAGUGAGGAAUGAGUGAGGCAUGAGUGAGACAUGAGUGAAGCAUGAGUGAGACAUGAGUGAAGCAUGAGUGAGACAUGAGUGAGACAUGAGUGAGGCAUGAGUGAGGAAUGAGUGAGGCAUGAGUGAGACAUGAGUGAAGCAUGAGUGAGGCAUGAGUGAGACAUGAGUGAGGCAUGAGUGAGACAUGAGUGAGACAUGAGUGAGGCAUGAGUGAGGCAUGAGUGAGGCAUGAGUGAGGCAUGAAUGAGACAUGAGUGAGGCAUGAGUGAGGAAUGAGUGAGGCAUGAGUGAGACAUGAGUGAGACAUGAGUGAGGCAUGAGUGAGGCAUGAGUGAGGCAUGAGUGAAGCAUGAGUGAGGCAUGAGUGAGGCAUCAGUGAGGCAUGAGUGAGACAUGAGUGAGACAUGAGUGAGGCAUGAGUGAGGGAUGAGUGAGGCAUGAGUGAAGCAUGAGUGAGGCAUGAGUGAGGCAUCAGUGAGGCAUGAGUGAGACAUGAGUGAGACAUGAGUGAGGCAUGAGUGAGGCAUGAGUGAGGCAUCAGUGAGGCAUGAGUGAGACAUGAGUGAGACAUGAGUGAGGCAUGAGUGAGGCAUGAGUGAGGCAUGAGUGAGGCAUGAGUGAGACAUGAGUGAGGCAUGAGUGUGACAUGAGUGAGACAUGAGUGAGGCAUGAGUGAGGCAUGAGUGAGACAUGAGUGAGGCAUGAGUGAGACAUGAGUGAGGCAUGAGUGAGGCAUGAGUGAGGCAUGAGUGAGGCAUGAGUGAGGCAUGAGUGAGACAUGAGUGAAGCAUGAGUGAGGCAUGAGUGAGGCAUGAGUGAGGCAUGAGUGAGGCAUGAGUGAGACAUGAGUGAGACAUGAGUGAGGCAUGAGUGAGACAUGAGUGAGUGAGGCAUGAGUGAGGCAUGAGUGAGGCAUGAGUGAGGCAUGAGUGAGGCAUGAGUGAGGCAUGAGUGAGGCAUGAGUGAGACAUGGUGAGACAUGGUGAGGCAUGAGUGAGGCAUGAGUGAGACAUGAGUGAGACAUGAGUGAGGCAUGAGUGAGGCAUGAGUGAGGCAUGACUCAUGAGUGAGGCAUGAGUGAAGCAUGAGUGAGGCAUGAGUGAGGCAUGAGUGAGGCAUGAGUGAGGCAUGAGAGUCGGUCGGCCUGUUGAAGGUCCUCGGGACGUUUGGGCAGCGCAGCAGCAGCAACCUGAGCUACUGGGGGCUGGCAGGGUGCGUGAACAACGCGUCCAUGCUUGAGUACAACGUUCGGGCGGACUGGAUCGCCAACUACAGCACGGGGACAAUCAUUAUGCUCGUGAACAACCAAGACAGACCCCUGGUUGAGAACAUCUCAGGGUAUCCGAUUCGCUCGGUCCUGGGGCUCGCGUCCCCGGAGAAAGAUUAUUACGCAGUCAACGUGGUUGGCAGUGUGAACCCGGACUUUCCCCUGCAGCCCUUCACAGACUUCUUCCCUCUUGUUCCGCCAAACCUCGCUGAUAGCAUACUUGCUGGGAAGAGCACUGCUAGCCCACCCGUUUCUGUGGGCCCUGGCUACGUGGCAAGUGUGUUUGUCAUUCCCAUCUUCCGCCAAGCACUGCCAGCUAAUGCCACUGUACAGCAGAUGAGGGAGAGCUUCAGCACUGUAUGGGCUGGGGUGAUACAUCUCCAAGGGAGAGCCCGAGAUAUUCUCAACAUGCUUGGAAAUGGAAGCACCGCUUAUUCGUUUGCUAUGUACGACACCACAGAGCCAGGCAAGCUCAUUCAGGUGUUUGGCCCAGACCAACCAGUGCUGGAGAAGGGUUCCGCAUUUCCGUUUGUGCUGCCCGUGCCUAUCGUGGCCCCACCCGAGCAUGUGGAGCCUUUUCCCGAAGACCUGUUUGGUCAAACCUAUGAAGCGCACUGCAGGUUUGAGGGUGACCCCCCUACUUGGGAUCUGGUGUAUGCUCCCAUGCUGCUGGGCCUGCUGGUGCUGGUAGUGGCAGCGUUGCUGUCAGCCGUGAUUGCCGUGCUGGCUUGGAAGCAGAGGCGGAGAGAAGAGGAUCUUAAGGAGAUCCAGCUGUGCACGGCAUUUCUGGAGAGAGCCGAGCACUGCAAGAGCGAGACAGUGGCCAACGUCUCUCAUGAGCUGCGCACCCCAAUCAUUGGCAUGAUAGGCAUGAUAGAGGAGCUGCUGGAGUCGGCGUUGGAGGAGUGGCAGCGGGCGGACCUGAGGGACGCGAGGGCGUGUGCGGGGGAGACGGUGGACCUCAUCAACCGCGUGCUGGACCUCGCCAAGCUGCAGGCCGGCCGCCUGCACCUCGAGAUCCUGCCGUGCUGCCUGCGCCGCAUUGCGCACGAGGCAACCACACUUGUUGGACCAGGAAAACGCGCGACGAGUUUGCAAGUGACAUCGCAUGUGGAUGACAGCGUUCCGGGAACUCUACUGGGCGACCCAACUCGGCUCUCUCAAGUCAUAUCAGAGCUAGUUGCCCAUGGCAUGGAGAACACGGCAUGUGGCCAUGUGGCCAUCCAUCUCUGGUGCAUCCCUCCCUCUCAACGUGCUGCCACUGCUUCAGCUGCUUCAGCCAUUGCUGCUUCAGCCAUUGCUCCUUCCACCUUUUCUGUUGCAUCUCAAGCCGGCCCCCCAGCCUCCUCAGCGUGGCAUCAGCUGGCUGCUUGUGUGCGCCGCUUCCCUCCUCUCACCCGCUUGGCGUGCCUCCCUCAGCGCAUGCCAGCGAGGCAGGGGGGCCACGCAGGCCAAGGGGACGGUGGAUGGAGGAGGUGGAAAUCUGGGGGAGCUCAGGACACAGGUGGCGGAAGUAUGGUGGAUGGGGAGUGCAAGGAGCUGGGUAGGUGUUCAAUCAGUUGCACGGAAUUCAUGGUUGAAUCAGAAAGGCAUAGAGGCGCUGCUGCAGAGGCGCCUGGGAAGGACGAGGAGGGCGAAGGUGCGAGGCAGCCCUGUAAGCAGCAGAGCGGCGCAGAAGAUCCAAGCACGCCCAUGGAAAGGCAGGGGGGAGGUGGGCGGUUGGAGGAGGAGGUGAGGGAGUGGGUGGAGGGGGCGUGCAGGGCGAGGGAGGAGGGCGAGUGGGUGGUGGUGGCAUGUGAGGACACGGGCGGUGGUAUACCACCAGAGGAGAUGCAGUGGGUGCUGGAUCCACAUGGUCGCUCCCACAGCAGCAAGGGGCAGCAAAAAAUUACGGAGAGAAUCCGGUCGUUUGAGAGGUCGGAAUCGUGGCGGUCUUCGGGGCGGGCGGCAUCAUGGCGGCAAAGGGAGCGCGCCUCAUGGGAUCCUUUGCACCACGACCGCAAGGCUGCUGCCCGCCCCCGCUGGACGCCCUACCCCAUUCGUUUCCUUCUCUCAUCCUCCCUUGUGGUUGAGAUGGGGGGGGGUAUGGCAGUGCUCUCAGACGCCACCACAGGCACCACCAUUCUGCUGGCUCUGCCCAUGGGGGUGGGGGAGGGCGCGGACAGCAGAAGGGCUGUGGGGGAGCCUGUGGUGCGAGAGAAUGGGUCUGAUCCUGCCCUCAUAACAAAACCAGCACCCCCGCAGCAGCAGCAGCAGGCAGCAGGGGCCCGAUCCUUGGUGCAUGCGCACACUUUCCCGCGGAUGGAGAUGGAAAGCAGCAUGGGGCCAGAGGGGGCGGAGGCGUUGCUGAAGGGUGUGCUGGCGGGGCAGCGGGUGGCAGUGGUGGAUGACAACGCUGUGAACCGCAUGGUGGCGCGCAGAACACUGCAGGGCUACGGGGCACACGUGCUGCUGCUCUGCUCAGGGGAGGACGCUCUCCAAGCUCUCUCCACUCCCUCUCCCUCCUCGCCAAUCCACCUGCUGCUGCUCGACCUCCACAUGCCGCCCGGCAUGGACGGGUUUGAGACAGCUCGUCAAAUCCGUGCCAUGGAGAGCGCACAGCAGAUGCCUAAAGUACAAGGAAUCGCAGCUAAUGCUGCAGCAACUGAAGAAGCAGAAAUGACUCCUGCAGAUGCUUCAAGCAUGGAAACAAUGGCACCAGGGCAGCGUCUUUGCAUUAUAGCACUGACUGCUGACUUGGAUGCAGGAGUGAAGAGAGCAUGCUUGGAGGUGGGAAUGGAUGGAGCAGUGAGGAAACCAAUAGUGGCACAUGAAUUGCUUGCUGCCCUUACAGGUGCAGGGUUCAGAUGAAACUCACAGCAACCCUAGUUGGAGUAGGCUAGAGUUCCCUCUGCUAUUUAUCAAGGUCCCACCGCAAUCCCCCAGAUGUAGGCGCAUCCGUUUGUUUGGCACACUAUUUUUUCCAUAAGUGAGA